CGCGCUCAUGGCGGCUGCAGGAAGGGCGCGCGCAGUCUUGAAGCGCCUCAGUUUGUGAACGCGAGAAGAAAAUAAACGUCACUAUGCGGCGGGGAUAAAACAAACAGCCUCCGGAUUUAUAUUUUAAAUAAUGUUUGCAGAGGCCAGUCUGUCCAUCUGGGGAUGGGGGGGUCUGGGAGUUGUGCUCUUCCUCAUCUCAUUUGGACCCUUUGCCAUCUUUUAUCUGGCUUUCUACAUCCUCUGUUUCAUUGGCGGGGGAUUUGUAGUGCUGCUUUUAUUUGGAAAGAGAAACUCUGAGAAACACCUGGAAAGGUGUGAACACUCCUACCUGCCACCUACACAGGUGUCCAUAAUGAAGGUUUUAGAAGAGAUGAAAUCUGAGUCCAAACCCAUAAAGAUCGACCGGCGUUUGACAGGAUCCAACAUCAUAGAUGAACCGCUGCAGCAGGUGAUCCAGUUUGCUUUGAGGGACUAUAUCCAGUUCUGGUACUACACUCUGAGCGAUGAUGAGACUUUCCUCCUAGAGAUCCGGCAGACGGUUCAGAACGCCCUCGUAGAGUUCUCCACCAGGUCUAAAGAAGUGGACUGGCAGCCAUAUUUCACCACCAGACUGGUGGAUGAUUUUGCGACCCAUCUGCGUGUUUUCAGGAAAGCUCAGGAGAGACUGAAUGAGAGAGAAGAUCCUAAACAACGUGACGCUCCAGAUGAGUUGCUGGACUCGUUUUUUGAGGCGGAGGUAGAAAUGGAGAGGAAGAUCUGUAGAGACAUGGUCUGCACGUCCCGUAAAGAUGAAGAAGGUUACCUGCGGGAUCUCUGUGAAGUGCUGCUGUAUCUGUUACUACCUUCUGGAGAUUUCCACAACAAGAACAUGAGAUACUUCCUCAGGGAAAUAUUAGCCAGAGGAGUUCUUCUGCCAUUAAUUAACCAGUUGAGUGACCCGGAUUACAUCAACCAGUUCAUUAUCUGGAUGAUCCGUGACUCCAGCUGUAACUAUGAGGCCUUCCUGAACAUCUUAAAGUUGACCGACAAACCGGCCGAGCUGGAGGCCGUCAAGGACAAAGUCCUGGAAGAGCUUCAGUUUUUGCGAUCUCUGGACACAGUUGGAGACCAUAUCAGCGUAAUAAAGAAUCAAAUCAACAGUUUGCUUUUUGUGAAGAAAGUCUGUGAAACAAGAAUACAAAGGCUACAGUCAGGAAAGGAAGUCGACGCUUUAAAACUUGCUGCUAACUUUGGGAAGUUGUGUGUGAUUCCGUUGGAACAUAUCCUAGUGCAUAACAUCGCACUCCAGUUCUUCAUGGACUACAUGCAGCACAUGGGUGCACAGGCGGUUCUGUUCUUCUGGCUGACGGUGGAGGGCUAUCGGGUCACAGCGCAGCAGCAGCUGGAGGUGUUACAGAGCAGCCAGAGAGACGGAAAAAACCAGAGCAGCCAGACAACCAAAGGGCUACUGAGAGCCGCCGCACUGGGCGUCUAUGACCAGUACCUGUCUGAGAAGGCCUCUCCCAGAGUGCAGGUGGACGAAGCGUCUGCUGCCAGAUUGGCUCAAAAACUCAGCAAAGAGGAUCCCACACCUGAGAUAUUCGAUGAGAUCCAGAAAAAGGUGUAUGAUCUGAUGUUGAAGGAUGAGCGGUAUUAUCCGUCUUUUAAGCAGCACCCGCUGUAUAUACGGAUGCUGGCUGAGCUGGACAUGCUCAAGGAACCCAGUUACAGGGGUUCUGAGGAUGGGGACUUAGAGUCAUUCAACGGCUCUCCAACAGGAAGCAUUAAUUUAUCAUUAGAUGAUCUCAGCAGCGGGAGUGUGGAUGAAUCUGCUCAGUUUCAUGCGUUUAUCUCUGAUACAGUAGCUGAUGCUUUUCUAAACCACCUUCCUGUGGCAGGCGUUUGUAAUGAUCACGGGAAGACCUACGCCCUCUACACCAUUACCGUCAUCCGCAAGAACUCCGACGGCAGCGAGGACAUCUGGAAGACAUACCGUCGCUACAGCGAUUUUCAUGACUUCCACAUGCGCAUCACGGAGCAGUUUGAGAGCCUUGCAGCAAUUCUCAAGCUUCCUGGGAAAAAGACCUUUAACAACAUGGACCGAGAGUUCUUGGAGAAAAGAAAGAAGGAACUGAACUCAUAUCUACAACUGCUGCUGAAUCCAGAUAUGAUGAAGGCCUGUUCCGUGCUCAUACCCUACAUCUACGACUUCCUGGAAAACAAAGCGUACAGCAAAGGCAAAGGAGACUUUGCACGCAAGAUGGACACGUUUGUGAAUCCUCUCCGGAGCUCCAUGCGGAAUGUGUCCAAUGCCGUGAAGUCACUGCCGGACAGCCUGGCCGAGGGAGUGUCCAAAGUCUCGGCGGACAUGGGCCGUGUGUCCGAGAAACUUGGCCAGGACAUUAAACAAUCCAUAUUUAAGGUGCCUCCUUUAAUCCCAAAGUCUGAUAUUGAUCCUGAUCACUGCCGUGUCUCUGCCCAGCUCGAUGACAAUGUGGAUGAUAAUAUUCCUCUGAGGGUGAUGUUGCUAUUGAUGGACGAAGUAUUUGACUUGAAGGAGAGAAAUCAGUGGCUGAGAAGAAACAUAAAAAACCUGCUACAACAGCUCAUCAGAGCCACUUAUGGAGACACUAUUAACAGGAAAAUCGUGGACCACGUUGACUACAUGACCUCACCAGAGCAGGUGUCUGACUAUGUGAAGAGAUUCAGAGACUCCUAUUGGCCGAACGGCAUCCUUGCUGAAACUCCGCCCCGCCGGGACAAAAGCACCCGCAUGAGGACAAGAGUCGCCGCCAAAACCACACUACUGGGCAUCAUGCCAGACGAACUCAAGCACAUCAUCGGUGCAGACACGACGCGGAAGGGCAUCCUGCGAGUCUUUGACAUGUUCCAGCACCAGCCGAUGAACCGACGGCUCGUCUACGUCUUUCUGGAGGGCAUCCUGGAAACCCUGUUUCCGCAGUACAAGUUUCCCGAGCUGUUCCAGAAGCUUCACUCUCGCUCGCCGCGCGUGCUCAAUUACUCAAAGAAAAUACGCAGUUUGCAGAAGAGGUGACAGACGGACGCUUUUCCCGCCGAAAGCCACCUCGCCGCUGCAGGGGGGGGAGGAGUCAGCACCCGGCCACCGCCGUAGCAGCACCCGAGCAGGGAACAGGGGAGGGUGUGCGUGAAUUGAGCCUGGUUCUCUGUAUCGCAAUGAAUUUUGUGACAUUUGAUGCUUGAACACAGCCCAAUCCCCCCCACCACCCACCCACCACCUUAGUGCAUCCUGUCUGUUUGUGAUAAAAGCAAUGUAUCGACACGGCCGUAGCAUAGAGGACUCGUUUUAUCAUCGUGAAGCGUCACCUCGGCACCACUACGAAAGACUGCGGCGCCUGAAUUGCGCUGUUUGUUCUCUAAGUUUGCCGUUUGGUUUGCUUUUUAUGAUCUGAUUUUUGAAUGACUAUGUAAAUAAGAUUUCUGUGAACGAAAGCCUUUUUAUUUUUGUUUUGUGAUUUGUUUUGUGUUUGGCAGUGGUCAAACCCACCUCAACGUAAACGAUGUAUCGAACCAACCUAUGCACCUUAACGGAAAACUCUCAUCGUAACUAAGAAUAAGAGGCCACAUGGGAACAAUCAGCAGCAACAUGCAUCACUGAAAUGCGUGGUGUGCGAUUUAAAAAUACAAAAGAUGCAACAUUAUCCUACCAACCAAUUGGUUGCAUGGAGUGGGUGUGUUAAAUACAUGCCACGCCCCUCACUGAGUGGCAGCCCCAUGCUUUUGGUUCUCUAGCAAAUCUAAAUUGACUUAAUUAUCUAAAGCUCCACCAAACAAAUCAGUCAUCAAAUAGAGACACUGACGUGAAAGAGCCUGUUGCUAAAUAACAAUUAUUUGCAUGGCUGUCUCGGACGUUCGGGUGACAAUAGGGGAUAUGCUUUAACGAAUGUACCUGUCUUUAGUGAGUUGAUGUUUGUGUGUGUGUCCUGUUUUUAUAACUCAAUUCAGUGGAGGGUUGUAUACGUGAUUUUUAUUUUAAUACUUUAUUUUAAAAUGACAAGUGUAGCACUAAAUCACAACUGUCCGAAAACUGUUUCAGUGCGAGAAAUAGAUUUAGCCUUAAUUCUAAGACCAAAAGACGUGUGUUUUAGACGUAGCUUUCCCUUCUUACUCUCUCUCUCACACACACACACACACACACGGCCUCAUAGGCACACAAACAAACUUUGACAGUUGUCAAUCUUCUGACUUUCAAUCGGAUUCUAUAAAUUGAUUUUUGUGCAAUAUCUUUCUUUAAUGCAUGUUUAUGUGACUGUAUAGUGAAUAGAAUUAGAACUACAUUUGAAUAUUUCAAAACCGAAAACUCCAAAAUCGCGCGGAACUCUUCUACUCGUUAACCACUGAACAUUCCGUUGGCGUAAACGGCUGGUUUUAAGGACUUGUUUUAUAAGUCUGGCUUUUAUGUUUAUUUUGGGGAUGUCUGUUUUUUUUAAGGUUUCGUCACUCCUGGUAAAUAUACAAUUUUCUCGACUAUGGAUUAUCACACGUUUUGCUUUUAGGAACUUUUGAUGGAAUAUUCUAGAUAAAAAAGGCUCCUGGAUACUUGCAAAAAUGUGAAAGACACUGCAGUGUGUUGUUUACCUGUGUUUACGUUAGAAAACACAGGUUUAAAACACUCUUUAUUACUGUUAAACUCCCUCCAAUCACACUUGUUAUAAUAUAUCCACACUUAACACGUGUCCGAGUCCUACUUCACCCCGUAAUCACAAGACAAUAAUAUGAAAUAUUGUGCAUUUGAAGCCGGUUUUUAAAUCUAUUUUUUUAGAUUGGUUGCAUUGUGACAUUAUUCGAAUGAUAAUGUAAACAAAUCUCAUUCUCAUUACUGUAAUACAAUAAGCAUAAAUUUAAAUCAGUUAAACAAUACAACCAUAAAUAUUUGUCAAUAAAAUAAGUCUUUUUUUUUUCUUCACAUAAUUGCAUAAUGAGAUUUUGGAGGGAAAUUAGCUGAUAGGAACAUUCUGGGUUUAAUAUAAGUUAAGCUUGCAUCAACAGCAUUAGUAACCGUUAAGGCUCAGACAUACUUUGUUUUUGCGCUUUCCGGAUUGGGUCGUCCCAGGUCGACCGUGUUGCCUUUGUUUUGUAUAGUGACUGUGAGUGAAUACGAACGCGUUUGACGCAUGUCCAUUACAACUUUGUGAUGCUCUUUUAGUCGUCCAAAGCAAGAGCAUGCGUCAGCGACACGCACAGUGGAAGACCGCGUGCACGGGUCAAGACAGUCUAGAUGGCGCGCUGUCAAUUUGUGUCACACGUACUGUGCGCAGAGGUGAACUUUGACCUUCCAUUUUACAAUGGAAGUGAAUGGGGCCAAUCUGUAAACGUUAAAAUGCUCACUGUUUCAAACGUAUAGCCACAAGAUGUAAACAUCAUUAGUGUUAAAAUGAUUUUAGUGCGAUAACAUUGCUUGCAAAUCUAUAUCAUCCAAUAUUAAAACUUUGUUGCUAUGACGACAGAACAUGAUAACACUAAGUGAUUUUAUGACACUAAAAUCAUGUUAAAAGGUCGCUGGUUCGAGCCCCACAGUCACCACCAUUGUGUCCUUGAGCAAGGCACUUAACUCCAGGUUGCUCCGGGGGGAUUGUCCCUGUAAUAAUUGCACUGUAAGUCGCUUUGGAUAAAAGCAUCUGCCAAAUGCAUAAAUGUAAAUGUAAUGCACACAAUGUUUAAGUUUUGUGCCUGUACUUUUGAAACCCUGAGUAUUAUAACGUUUACUGAUUGGCACCAUUCACUUCCGUUGUAAGUGUAUCACAGGAACUGUGAUUAUUAUUAUUAUUUGUUUUUCAUGAACGAGGGACGAGUCAAAAUGAUUGUCUGUGGUCAUCAACAUUAUCCUCCAAAUGCUGUCGAUUAAGCUUCACUUGUAUUGAACAUGAAACACUCUUUUAACUGUCAUGAAAAUAUUGUCACAAUUCAAAAAUGGGGAUGUUUCUAAAAUAGGUUACAAUAUUUGUAUUUUGAGUGAAUUAUAACCCAAGCGUUUUUUUGACAGGUUUCGAGACGUUGCCCUGAGACCUGGUUCAGAUCAGUCAAAAUUGAUGCCAGUGCAAAUAAACAAUAACUAAUUCUUUUUUUAUUUUUUAUGAAAAUUGCACUUUUUGAACAUUGUUUCUGUUAGCUGUGAUUUGCCAGUGUGACACAGUUAUCCUCUUUUGUGAUUUGCCCAUUAGCGGCUCUUGUCUGUUGUGAUUGGCUGGUGCUGAGAAGCUCUGUUGUGAUUGGUCAAGCAACCCAAAGCUUCUCUUAAAGAGACAUCACCUUUUGUAUCAAUCUUACCUGGCCCUCUUAAAGGGACAGUUCACCCAAAAAUGAAAAUUCUCUCAUCAUUUACUCACCCUCAUGCCAUCCCAGAUGCGUGUGACUUUCUUUCUUCUGCAGAACACAAAUGAAGAUUUUUACUAGAAUAUUUAAUCUCUGUAGGUCCUUACAAUGCAAGUGAAUGGUGACUAGAACUUUGAUGCUCUGCAGCAUUAAAGUGUGAGUAAAUAAUGACAGAAUUGUCAUUUUUGGGUGAACUAUCCCAUUACCAGGGGAGCACAUUUUACCUUUAAAUUCACUAAGUGGCUGAUACGGAUGUUCCUGAUUUGAUUUUGUUUUUUAAUCCCUGUACGUAUGAAUCUAAAUGAACUAUAUUGGUGUAUAGUUUGUGUCAGCAGUGUGCCUAAAUGUACUGUCUAUUAUAUUUUAUCAUGUUUCUUUAACAAAGGAAGUCAAUCUGAAUGUCACAGUCAUUUUAAUAGACUGGAAAAAGGACUCUAUAAAGGAGUGUUUGCAUUAUGCUUCUAAAACAUUCAUUUUGAGCAGCUUAACUCGAUAUAACACUAAUAAAAUUAACUCCAACUCACUGCC